AUGCGUCUGGUUCCUUACUUCGCUGCCGUGGCUUCGGCCAUAUUCGCUCUCCUUGUAUCCGCUAGCCCCAUAGAAAGCGUCAAACGCCAGUCUACCUACGUAGGCUACCUCAUCUCGACAUUUUCGGACGCGAACCCGGCGGUGCAACUCUACCUGUCGAAUGGUAACUCGCCAACCAGUUUUAGUAAGCUGAACAGAGGGAAUGCGGUCUUGACAUCCUCGGUGGGAACCAGAGGUGUGCGAGACAUUUUCCUCGCAUCGAACAGUGCUCGAACACAGUUCUAUAUGAUUGCAACUGACCUAGACAUCAAUGCAUCAGGAUUUUCUUGGGAUCGAGCUACGCGUCAGGGCAGCCGAGGAAUCGUGGUAUGGAAGUCGAGCAACCUGGUGGAUUGGUCAGGACCGACCCUGGCUACAGUCGAAGGUGCAACCGCCGGGCUCGAUCGCAUUCGCUACGCCACCACCAAAGACUUCGCGACAUUCAGCUCGCCGCGAGACUACGUCGCGCCUUCAGGGACCCCCGUGAUCGAUCAAGAGUUCCAGUACCUAGGUACAUCCAGUCACUAUGCUCGCUUCAUCAAAAACGAGACCGUCAACCAAGUCUACCAGGAAAUGACCACCGGCGGCCUGUUUGGAUCAUGGACGAGGGUCCCUGGGUACGUUGUUUCGGGAAGCCCCUGGGAGGGACCGGCGUCGUUUGCGGAUAACGCGGCAGCUGGACGCUACUAUCUCCUGCUCGACAACUACUCUCAGUAUGUGCCGUUCCAGACGUCGAAUAUUAAUUCGCCGAGCUGGUCGGCUGCUGGCACGUCUGGCUUUCCGUCGGGGUUGAAGCAUGGCUGCGUUACGCCUGUCACGCAGACUGAAUAUAACGCUCUUCUUGCUCGGUAUCCUCGGUAA